AUGUCAUUCACAAGUUCAUCAUCGUCUGUCGUUUGUGUCUUACCGACAUCUGCAGACUCUCAACAAAAAGACAAGUAUGCAUCGACUAGUUCCGCAACAUCAACCUAUUCUCAAUCGUCUGCUGCAAUGACUAGUGGUAGUAGCGGCAAUGAAAACACUCUUUUACAUACCAACAAUAAUGCAACUGGCGAAACAUUAACCGAUAGUAGUGGCAGUAAUAAUGCUGGUGGUGUACCAAGUAUUGGAAGUGGUAUUAAUAAUAGUCAAGGUAGUAGUAGCAGCAGUAGUGGAGACAGCAGUAGCAGUAGUAGUCAACAAGUACAAACUGAACAAUAUCCUCGUAACAUUACAUUUAUCUACAAGGGUGAUUGGAGUGUCAAUAAUGGAUCAUCUUUGGCAACACUUUCAUUUACGAAAAACACUGGACACACAUUAUUUAGUAUCAUAAACUAUCCACUUCAAACUUCAUCCAAUGUUGAUUUUGUCGAAGGUGAAAUGGUCAUUAGAGAUGGUGUCUACACAACAGACACUACAAAGAAAUAUUUCCUCUAUGGUAUCUAUGAAUAUAAAAUUGGUCUCUUAACUUUAAUUGCUUUACCAAACAAUAUUCAUUAUUCAACAUCAAUACAAUUUAGUGAUAAUUCAACGGUACCUGAAAUUCGAGAUAUAUUAAACAAGAUUCUAAGUAAUAUUACAUCUACAAAUGAUUGUGGAUUUAAUGUCAAUAUUCAAUUUGAAUCAUUAUCUUCUGAUGUACAAGAAUCAAAUGAAAAUCAAAUAAGAUUAUCAGGAUCUUAUGUUAGUACAUUUUGUAUGUUGGAUAUAAAGAUUGAAGCAGCUUCAAUAUUAUUAAGUGUCUAUCAAUCAAAACGAAUCAAUUAUAUUUUGAUGGUUACACUUUGUUCAUUUAUACAGAUUUUCGUUUUAAUCAAACAAAUGGACUAUACUGGAACACAAACAGGUGCGGCAAAGGUAUCGCUCUACACUGUUGGAAUGCAAACCAUUAUCGAUGCCUAUCUAUGUCUUAUUCAUUUAACCGCUGGUAUCGUUAUCGAAUCAAUGUUUAAUGCAUUUGCCACUGCUGCCUUUUUCCAAUUUGUUAGUUUUUCAUUAUUUGGAAUGCGUUAUCUAUUAAUCAUUCUCAAAGCAAGAAGACCACAAGCUUUUGCUGAUGGUUGGCAUUCAUUACGUAGAGAAUUUUCAAUAUUUUAUUUAAGAUUUUAUUCAUUUUUAAUUGGAGGAUUUAUGAUCAUUUAUUAUAUGAGUCAUUUAUUCCAUUUGUUUUUAUUUAUAAUGUAUUCAUUUUGGGUUCCACAAAUAUACAACAAUGCAACAAGAUGCACGAGAAGACCAUUCCUAUGGCAAUAUGUUUUGGGAAUGUCUUUUUCAAGACUUGCCAUUCCACUAUACUUUUUCGGCUGUCCUUAUAAUUUUAUCCCUGUGGAACCAGACUACACUUUUAGUCUUAUGUUGUUCAAUUGGAUGUGUCUCCAAAUCUUUGUAUUAUAUUUACAAGAAAAAUGGGGUCCACAAUUCUUUAUUCCAAAAAGAUUUUUACCACCAAAAUAUCAAUACGCUCGACAAAUUGCACCAACAAUUCGAGAUGGACAACAAUGCGUUAUUUGUAUGUGUGAUGUGGAAGCCGACGACAAUGAUUAUAUGAUUACUCCUUGCGACCAUUUAUUCCAUUCAAGAUGUUUAUUGGAGUGGAUAGAAUACAAGAUGAGUUGUCCUCCUAGCUAUGGAACUCAAUCAUUUAACAAUCAAUUUUUUGAUUCCUUGUCAUCGUUGCAAUAUCUGAGAGUUGUCAAGGAUGGUAUACAAUUCAAAGGUCGAUUCAUUGAUGUUGCACUGUCUGAUGGAAGACCAACCUAUUCACAAACCCAACUAUUAUCAACUAGUAAACUCAAUGAUGAACAAGCGAUUGUAUUGAUUGGAAUUGGAUUUCCUCAAUGCUCAGAGGAAUGUAUUCUUGACCCCGACUUUUCUGCAUUAAUUGUAGAUACUGAUAAUGGUCAAUGUAACUCUGACAGCAAAAAGUGGAGUAUGAUUGUUGGCAUUGUAGUUGGGGUAGUUGGAGCUGUAGCACUAUCAAUCAUUAUCUUAUAUGGUAUCAAGAAAUAUAAAAGAUAUUUAUUAUUAAAUCAAAAAUCAAUCACAAUGACAAAUAUUAAAAAUUAA